GGAGUUAGGGGUGAGCAGCCUGAGGCCUUGGACAGCAGAGGAAAGUGCAUUAUAAAUAAAGCAUGUUCUUGGUAUGCUAAUGUUACCCAUGUGGCUGAACUGAGCCUGUCAUGGCCUUGAACACAGAUUUUCAUAGAUUCUCAGACUGAGAGGGACCUGAAAGCUUUAUCUUUGCCACAUUUUCCGUCUGUAUCAUUUUGAUUUUGUUUUUCUUUUUGGGGAUGAUCUCCUGUGUUCCUAUUUGUCCCUCUGUUGUAGCAUAACCAUGUUGAAAUGAUCUGUUUCUGUGUCUUUUUCCCCCACCAAUGUUCUUAGUUGCUCCAGGACAGGGACUGUGGGAUCUUGACAUGUAGCAAGAGAACAGCAUUUCCAGGAGGAGUGUCUGGGGAGAUCCUUGGCAAGAUACAGAGACAAUGCCCAUGUGUCCUGGAGAAAAUAUGUUACUCUUCCCUUUGAAAACCCGGGAGCAGAGUGCCUUCUGUGGGGUCCAGCACUGACCUGACACGUGGCAGAUGUGGGAUGUCUGUUCUGAUGUGGUGGCAGUGGGGCUCUGUGGUCAUUGUAGCCCCCACCGAGGUUGUAUCUCUGCUCUUUCCGCAGCGGGAACCCAGCAUUGACCUGCUGCAGGCCUUCGUGGAGCACUGGAAGGGCAUCACACACUACUACAUUGAAAGCACAGAUGAAAACACCCCGGCCAAGAAAACAGACAUUCCCUGGCGGCUGAAACAGAUGCUGGACAUCCUGGUGUAUGAGGAGAGGCAGCAGACAGCGGCUGGUGAGGCGGGGCCCUGUCUGGAGUACCUGCUGCAGCACAAGAUCCUGGAGACCCUGUGCACGCUGGGCAAGGCCGAGUACCCACCGGGCAUGCGGCAGCAGGUGUUCCAGUUCUUCAGCAAAGUUCUGGCCCAGGUGCAGCACCCGCUGCUGCAUUACCUCAGCGUCCACAGGCCUGUGCAGAAACUUCUCCGACUUGGUGGGACAGUUACUGGGUCCCUUACUGAAAAGGAGGAGGUGCAGUUCACCACUGUCCUCUGCUCCAAGAUCCAGCAGGAUCCAGCAUUGCUUGCCUACAUCCUGGAAGGUAAAAAGAUUGUAGGUAGGAAGAAGGCCUCCAGAGAACCCACCGCCCUGCCUAACGACACAGCCAACCACAGGGACAAGGACAACUCCCACAGCAGUGCUCCUGACAGGGUCCCCCCACUGGAGAGGGAGCCCUGCGGAGCCCAGGCCUUGAGCAGCCGCCUGCCUGCAGGGACCGAGGAGCCAGAUGGUGGGACCGGGGAGAACAACCUGAUCACCUCCCUGCUCGGACUGUGCAAGAGCAAGAAGAGUCGAGUGGCCCUGAAGGCCCAAGAGAACCUGCUGCUCCUGGUGCACGUGGCCUCCCCGGCAGCUGCCACCUACCUGGUGCAGAGCAGCUCCUGCCUUGCCAUCGCCGAGCACCUCUGCCAGCUGUACCAGUCCCUGCCCACCUUCCUUGACCCCGCAGAUGUUGCCACAUUAGAGGGUAUCAGCUGGAGGUUACCCAGCGCCCCGUCUGAUGAGGUCUCCUUCCCUGGCAAGGAGGCCCUGGCUGCCUUCUUGGGCUGGUUUGAUUACUGCGACCACCUUAUCACAGAGGCACACGCGGUGGUGGCGGAUGCUUUGGCAAAGGCUGUGGCUGGGAAGUUAUUUGUGGAGACUCUGCAGCCCCAGCUCCUGCACGUGUCUGAGCGGAGUAUGCUGACCUCUACCGCCCUGCUGACGGCCCUGCUGCGCCGGCUUCGCUCCCCCACACUGCUGCAAGAGGCUGUGACUUUCCUCCUGGGCACGGACCAGCAGCCUGAAGCCCCCGAAGACAACCCCCGCACCCUGUGCGCUCACCUCAUCAGGCACUGCGACCACCUCUCUGAUGAGAUCAGCAUCGCCACGCUGCGGCUGUUCGAGGAGCUGCUCCAGAAGCCCCAUGAGGGCAUCAUCAGCAGCCUGAUCCUGCGCAACCUUGAUGGCCGCCUCUAUGUGGCCCGGGGCUCGCCGGAGCCCGAGAGCUACGAGGACACACUAGAUCUGGAGGAAGACCCCUACUUCACAGACGGCUUCCUUGAUUCUGGCUUUCAGCCUUCCCUCAAGCCUCACCCAGCGCCUGCCACCAACUCGGAUGGCAAAACAGCAGUGACCGAGAUCGUCAACAGUUUCCUCUGCCUGGUCCCUGAGGAAGCCAAGACCUCGGCUUUUCUGGAGGAGACUGGAUAUGACACGUACGUCCACGAUGCUUAUGGACUGUUCCAGGAGUGCUGCUCCCGCGUCGCCCCCUGGGGCUGGCCCCUGGGUCCCACUCCCCUGGACCUCCAUGAGCCUGAACAGCCUUUCUUCGAGGGUCACUUUCUCCGAGUGCUGUUUGACCGCAUGUCCCGAAUUUUGGACCAGCCAUAUAGCCUGAACCUGCAAGUGACCUCAGUCCUGUCCCGGCUCGCCCUCUUCCCCCACCCCCAUAUCCACGAGUACCUCCUGGAUCCCUACAUCAGCCUGGCCCCCGGCAGCAGGAGCCUGUUCUCAGUGCUUGUCAGGGUGAUCGGGGACUUGAUGCAGAGAAUUCAGAGGGUACCCCAGUUCCCAGGCAAGCUGCUCCUGGUGCGCAAGCAGCUGAUGGGCCAGGCCCUGGGGGAGCAGCUGGACCACCAGACCCUCCUGGAAGGCGUGGUGGUGCUGGAGGAGUUCUGCAAGGAGCUGGCUGCCAUCGCCUUUGUGAAGUUUCCCCCACACGCUCCAUACCUGUCCCUCUCCCCAACCCCGGAAGGGCAAGUUUGAGCCAGGAGCAUGAUGGAUGGAGAGACCCCUGUACCCACCUCUGUCCAGGAGCCACCACCGCCUGCCACUGCUCUCCUCCCAGGGGCGGGGGCUCCAGCUCCCAUGUUAACUCAAGGAGACCAUGGCUUGUUGACCACACUUGACUGGAUUUCAGGGAGUGGGCCUCCAAGGUACCAGAUGCCAAGAAGCAACAGAGAUGGCUUCCCAGGCAGCCUGGUGUCCUCAGGCAGCUGGGUGAUGGCCAGGUGAGCACCCAGAUCCCAAGACCCUCAUGUGUUGUAUGCCUGUCAUCCUCUGUACUGGCUGUUUGUGGCCAGCACCAACACCUGUGACUCAAUUCCAGGGGCAAGAGGGGAGUGAGCUGGCGGCUGCAAGGCUGGUUAGGAACCCAGGCCAGAGAGAUGGGGGCCGGGAGCCCGAUCUGGGUCACAUUA